AUGACAGACGUUGGCAAAGAACACUAUGUCCGAGCCAAGGAGUCCGAUCAAGUUCUCGUUCCCCAACCAUCGCAAGAUCUUCACGAUCCCCUAAACUGGUCGCCUUUCUGGAAGUUCUCUGCCAUAUUUUGCGUUUCUACCAUGACGUUCACUCAGGGAUUUGCGCCUCUGGCUCUUGCGCCUAUGUUUCCUGACUUGAUUCGUGCUUAUAACAGUACUCUUGAGGAUGUUAUUCAGUUUACAGGCGUUACUAUCCUGAUUCUGGGAUUUAGCAACUUUUUCUGGGCACCUAUCUCUACCUCCUUCGGUCGUCGACCUGUCUAUCUUGCUUCGCAGGUGAUCUGCCUCGCCUGUCACAUCAUUCGUGCCAAAGCAUCCACCUACGGCAUCUUCAUGGGAGCCUGUGUUCUCAACGGAAUCGGAGCUGGACCCUCUGAGAUUCUUCAACCCGCCGUCAUCGCCGAUAUCUUCUUCCUCCACGAUCGCGGAACAUGGAACGCGCUAUACUGGGUUGUUUACAUGGGCUCACUUAUGAUCGCGCCAAUCAUCGCUGGUCCAAUGGCAGACCGCACGGGAUGGCAGAACUUCUGGUGGCUCAAUGUCGCUGUUACUGCUCUCUCCAUCGUGCUCGGCAUAUUUGGGUUUCCUGAAACAAAGUGGACACGCGUCGACUCGAUUGAGGCUGAGCGUGGGGUUAAUGAGAUUAUUGAUACAACUCAGGACAAACCGUCGCACUCCCAUGCUGAUGCUGAAAAGACUGUCGGUACACCUCAAGCCCAGGGUGAACCCUCUGCAGACGCUCAUUUGGGCAAAGGAACACCUUCAAAGUUGCAGUGGCGACUGUUCCAACCCAACUCAGCGCCUCUCCAAAACAUUCUUCUCGACAUCUGGACUCCAUGGAGGCUCUUCGUCUAUCCUAUUGUUCUCUUUGCUUCCUUUGUGGUCAGCUGGAGUUGCAGUAACUUCUUGAUUCUCAACCUUACCCAGUCUCAGGUGUUUGCAGCUCCUCCGUACAACAUGAGCUCUCAGUCCAUUGGCUUCCUCAAUUUCUCCAUUCUUGUCGGCGCCUUGAUCGGACUUGUCACAGCUGGUCCCUUCAGCGAUUGGGUCUCUGCAAAAGCAACCACGCGAAACGGCGGUAUCCGAGAACCAGAGAUGCGUCUCCCUGCGAUGAUCCCCUACAUCGUCAUUAUGAUCUUCGGCAAUGUGAUCACCUCAAUCGGAUACGAAAGACAUUGGCCAUGGCCAGUCAUUGCCGUCCUUGGCUACUCAUCUGCUGGCAUCCAGGUUGCUGCCCUCCCAAGUAUUGCCAGUACAUACGCAGUGGAUUGCUAUAAGCCAGUCACUGGAUCGCUUUUCGUUGCUAUUACUGUCAAUAAGAGUCUUUGGGGAUAUGGAAUGGGCAAGUUCGUCACUCCAUGGACUAUUAAGUCAGGAUUCAUUCCUGUCUUCAUGACCAACAUGGGACUCACUGUUCUCUGGUGCGGCUUGGGAGCGGUGUUCUACUUCUAUGGAAAGACUUUCAGAAGAUGGACCAAGGACAGCAAUGUGCAUGGGUUUUAA